AUGGUAGACGAAGUCGUGGUGAUGAUUAUCGUGAUUUACGUGGAUGACAUUUUGGUGGCUGGGUCUGACGAGGAUUGCGAGGAGUUGCUUGCUUCUCUCAACAAGAAAUUUCCCACCAAAAACCUUGGAGAGUGUCAAUGGUUUGAUGGGUGUGCCAUCGAGAGAGAUGCAGAUGCUGGGACUCUUAGAAUCUCCCAAACCGCGUAUAUCGACAGCAUGGUUGAACGCUUCGAUGUGCAAUCAACUUCCCGCAUCCCCGCUACCCCUGGUGCCGAUCUAGGGCCGAAGCGAGAGGAUGAGGAAGGAGGGGAGUGGCCGGUGAGGGAGGCCAUCGGCAGCAUGAUGUGGGUGUCGACUUUCUCGCGUCCAGACGUCUCGUUCGCCGUGCGUGCGGUAGCGCGCCACGCCCACGCCCCGGCGAAGCGGCACUGGGAUGCCAUACAGAAGAUCCUCGGCUACCUGAAAGGGACGAGGGACCUCGGCAUCACCUACCAACGGGGAUCGGGGUUAGGGCUUACCGUGUACGUAGACGCCAGCUACGCCAACACGGACGAUAGGCGUUCGGUGUCAGGGUUGGCGACGACGGUCGGAGGUACCGUAAUCAGCCAUGGUAGCA